AUGUCGCUAACGGUGCGAAUUAACAAGUUUCAGCUGCCGAAGGCGAAGGCAAAUCUGCUCGGGCGUGUGGAGUUUCGGGGUGUUGCCCAUACGACUACCGAGCUUAACUGUGGAUCCGAACUCGUCGAAGUCAAUCAGAGCUUCAUAUGGCCGCUGGCGCGUGCUGCAGACGAGACGGAAACGAUAACGGUCGAGCUGCGGCAGCAGACGACCAAGAUCCUGCUCAAGACCGCUAUCGGUGGUACGGGCGGGACAUCCGGUUCGGCAUCGAGCCGCGGCAGCAUCACCAGCAGCACCAAAAUUAUCGGCCGAUUCGUGAUGCUAGCGCAAGCGCUCAUCCACGAGGGUCGACUGCGCAUAGAGGACCGGCUGGUGGACCUGUCAAACAAACCGAUCGAUGCAUUUGUCAGCUUCGACGUGUACUACCAAAGCCCGGAAGACGAGUCGGGUAACUUCUACUCGCCGCGCGUCUUACACUCGCUUCACCAGCAGUCGAGCAUCGACGACGACCAGCAGAUGCUGCUCAACAUCGAGCAGAACAUAGCGAACCUCGAGAAAAGUAUAACGCAGGGCAAAACGUCUGAGCCGGGCACUUCGUCCGGCACGGCUAACUCGCGCCGUACCGGCCGGUCCACCGGUAAUGGGGGCGACCGCAAGCCCAACAUCAUUAAGCGCGUCAUGUCUUCCGGUUCGGCGGGGCUGAGCGAACGGGCCCCGGCACCAACCGAUCAUGCGUCGUCGGACAAUGAGGCGUCCACCAGGCCGACCCGUUCGUUGGCGGACAAAAAGGUAACGCUACGCACCGUGCGUAACUUCAUGCGGCUGGGUCGUUCGCGGCAGUCGUCGCGCGAAAGUACGGCCAGCAGUACCGAGGACGAAGGCAAAUCACUCAUCGGCGAUGCGGAUUAUACGCGUGUGCAGCCGGACACUACCGACGGUGAGAUGGGACCGGGUGGCCGGCCAAUGGUUGGGGGAGAUGAUGGACCUGCCGGUGGCGGCCCGUCCGACAGUCCAACGCAUGCCGGGCCGGGCAAGAUGGGUGAGAACGUUUCGCAGACCUGCAGUACCCACUCGAACGCGUCCAGCGAUGGCGAAGAUGUAACCGCUAAUGAGAAGCUCAAGAAAAUCAAGAGUCUGGCUAAAGGAAAUGACCAUCUCAAGUCGCAAGACUUUCAGGUCUGCGUUACGGUCAUCGAGGCCCGCCAGCUGCCGGGACUCAAUAUGGAUCCGGUUGUGUGCAUACAGGUCGGCGACCAGAAGAAGUACACCAGCGUAAAGGAGAGCACCAACUGUCCGUACUACAAUGAGUACUUUGUGUUCGACUUUCACAUGCCACCGGUGAUGCUGUUCGACAAGAUCAUUACCCUUUCAGUAAUCCAUUCUCGCAAGUUCAUGCGCUCUGGAACGGUGGUGGGCUCGUUCAAAAUCGAUCUUAAAACAGUCUACGAUGCGCCCGAUCAUCAAUUCUACCACAAGUGGGCACUGCUGUCGGAUCCCGAGGACUUUGCCGCCGGUCCGAAAGGUUAUCUCAAGUGUGACGUCGGCAUCAUUGGCAAGGGAGACACGGUGAAGGUGCCACCAAAGUCUGAGAAGGAUCCGGACGAUAUUGAAGCGAACCUGUUGCUACCGGACGGUGUGCCGAUCGAGCGCCAGCGUGCCAAGUUCAUCGUGAAGGUUUACCGGGCGGAUGGAUUGCCCCGCAUGAACUCCUCCAUCAUGGCGAACGUGAAGCGUGCGUUCACUGGCGAAACGAAGGAUCUGGUCAACCCGUAUGUGCAGGUGUCGUUCGCCGGUCUCACGGGUAAAACGAACGUGAAGAAGGCAUCGUACAAUCCGGUCUGGAACGAACAGCUCGUCUUUACCGAGAUGUUUCCGCCGCUCUGCCAGCGCAUCAAGAUACAGCUGCGGGAUGCCGAUCCGAUGAAACCGUCGAUCAUUGGCACACACUACAUCGACCUGAAGCAGAUCUCGAACGACGGCGAGAAGGGCUUCCUGCCAACGUACGGUCCAUCGUUUGUGCAUCUUUACGGUUCGACGCGUGACUACAACUUGCUCGAUCAGCACUCGAACCUCAACACCGGACUCGGGGAGGGUGUGAGUUAUCGGGCCCGUCUGCUCAUCGCCAUCCGUACGGAGAUUACCGACAAUGUGGAGUUGUUUACCGACAAGAACGUGGAAGUUGAACCAACGCUACCGAUCUGCGAAUCGUCCUACUGCAAAACGGACGGGUUCUUCCUGUACGCUACAGUGCUGGAGGCUUCCAUGUUGGACAAAAAGGUAUGUGACCGGUCGGUGUACUUCGAGCUGAGUAUGGGCAAUGCGGGCAACUCGCUCGAUGGACACAACGAGAGCGCCACGACGAACAUGGAUGACGACGACGAUCCUGUGUCGAUCGAUACGACGGCGUACAACAGUACGACAAGCGCCUGUAAACCCAUUUCCCAUGACAAGAACCACUACUACUUACCGUACUGGGACUACAAACCGUGCAUGGAUGUGCGCGCCUGGUUUCCGGAUCUGAGGCGUCGCAUGUACAACAGCAACAUGAUAGCGAAGAUAAGCGAACGGCUCGAGGUAGGCCUGGCCGAAACGAACCUACUGCUCGAGGACGAAGACCCGACCGCGGAGGUAAAGCUGCGCGGUGUGCUGGAGGAGGUGGCGUCGAGCUGCAACAAGUACGUCACCAUUACGAAGGGUGCACUCGUAGGUCCCGGUACGGGCAAAACGAAACUCGACAAGGAGCGGCUGAAGCUGUGCCAGCGCGAGCUAGAAUCGAUCGGCAAUAUGGCGCGAAAUUUGCGAGCCCUCGUCACGAAGAGCUCCAUGCGCGAGCGCUACCGGACGGCACAAAGCUAUCUAGCGAGGUUACGUUUUCUGGUCGAGGAUCCGCAGCACGCACUGCCGGACGUGUUCGUGUGGAUGAUUGCCAACGGUAAGCGCGUUGCGUACCACCGGUUGGAUGCGCGCGAUCUUCUGUACUCCACGAUUGAGGAAGAGACGGGCAUACACUGUGGCAAGGUGCAGACAGUUUUCCUUAAGCUGCCGGGCCGUCAGGCGGAAGGACCGGCCGGUUGGCAUGUGAGAGCGAAGCUCUCGAUUUACCUGUGGCUUGGCACGAUCAAGCAUAAACGAUUCUUUUACGCCGGACUGCCGAAGGGCUACGAACUGCUGCACGAGCUGAAGCACGCGGAAAAGGUGAACGUACCGGCACCGACCACUGUGCACUACGUCGAGCGGCAUGUGUUUCAGCUGCGGGCACACAUCUACCAGGCACGCUCGCUGAUCGGUUCCGAUGCGUCCGGGCUGAGUGAUCCGUAUGCGACCGUCUACGUUACGGAGCACGCGAAGACGACGCAGGUGAUCGAGGAAACGCUCAGCCCGACCUGGGACGAGCUGCUCGUGUUCGAUGAGGUCACGGUGUACGGUUCGAAGGACGAGAUCCGGCGUGAUCCACCGACCAUCGUGAUCGACGUGUACGACCAGGACAAGGUGGGCAAGUCGGACUUUAUUGGGCGAGCGAUCGCCCGGCCGCGGGUUAAGUUACGCGAAAACCACUACAGUACGCCCGUGCUGGAGUGGUUCGAGAUUACGCGCGGUUUGGACGGUGCCGGCGAGCUGCUGGCAGCGUUCGAGAUGCUCGAGCAUGGUUCGGAAGAUGUGCCACGGUUGUCCGAUCCGAAGUACGUCGCGUGCAGCAGCGCCAGUGAGCAUGUGCCCCAGCCGACGCUCGCGAUUCUGCCCGUACCGCAGGAGGUUCGGCCGAACUUGGCGCGGUUCCGCAUCGAGGUGCUGUUUUGGGGUUUGCGCGAUCUGAAGCGGGUCCACUUCAUGACGGUGGACAAGCCGCGGAUUGACAUUGAGUGUUCCGGGCGCAUACUAAACUCGAGCAUUGUGCAGAACGCGAAAAAGAAUCCAAACUUUGCCAACAUGCUGAAGUUCUUCGAUCUGGAUCUACCGAUCGAGGAGCGGUACGCACCACCGAUCACGAUCCGUGCCGUGGACUGUCGCUCGUUCGGGCGCUAUACGCUGGUCGGUACGCAUCAGAUAACCUCCAUCCAUCGGUAUAUGCACAGACCACCGCCAAAGGAGGACCCCAAGCGAUACAACCAGGAUGGACAGCUGGUGCUCGCUCGCAGGCGCACUGAUGCUGUUGGCAAUGUGAUCCCCGAUACGGGCAUGCCCGGUGAGUCCUGGUCCGGCGACAAUCUGACGCUGUAUGGGGCGGCGUGUGUCGCAAAGGCGGGCGGUCCUGGGCGGGGCAAGCGGGCGAAACGGAAGACACUCGAAACGCAGGGCACGUUUGAUGGGCAGGAGGGAGGUGGCGAUGGAGACGAUGAUGACGAUGGUUCGAGCAAGGACUGGUGGACGAAGUACUUUCUCUCGUACGAGCGGCUCAUCGAAUCGGCCAAGAGUGCGGGCACGGGAGGUGGUGGAGGUGGGUGUGGUGGAGGACCGAUCGGGAUGGGGCCGGGUGAGGCGGGCGGUUCUGCUGACGGUGGUGGCAAGAAGCUCGGCGUCAAGACGUCUCGGCUAGUGUCCAAGCUGAGCCCGAAGGCAACACCGAAAAAACCGUCCAAUCCACGUGUGGCCACCUGUCAGAUCUAUCCGAGCGAGCUGGAGUCGGUGUACGAGUAUGGCCAGUUCAAGGAGUGGCUUCACUCGUUCCCGCUCUACCGGGGCAAAAAGACGGGCGAUAGUACCGAGGACGAAACGCGCAUCGUAGGCUUCUUCAAGGGUGCGAUCAAGGUUUACCGGCUGCCGAUCGAGAAAGGUAUGGAACCAGCAUUUGCUCCCACGCUACCGCUGAACGAUCCGAUACACGUGCUGGUGCGUGUGUACGUCGUAAAGGCGACGGAUCUGCAUCCGAUGGAUCUGAACGGUAAGGCGGAUCCGUACGUGGUGCUGCAGCUCGGCAGCAAGCGUGUCUCGGACAAGGACAACUACGUCAGCAAGCAGUUGAACCCGGUGUUUGGCAAGUGUUUCGAGAUCGAGGCCACCUUCCCGCAGGACUCGAUGCUAACGGUGCAGAUCUUUGACUGGGAUUUGGUCGGUUCGGACGACCUGAUCGGUGAGACAAAGAUCGAUCUGGAGAAUCGGUUCUACAGCCGACAUCGGGCCAUGUGCGGUAUCUCGACGCGUUACGAAGACUCCGGAUACAACAUUUGGCGCGACCCGAUGAAACCAACGCAAAUCCUUUCCAAGCUGUGCAAGGACAACAAGCUCGAGGCUCCACAAUAUCUGCAGGAUCGCGUUACGAUUGGGCGCUGCUGCUUUCUAUUUACGAGCGAAGAGAUCCAAACCUGGUCCAGCCCUACCUCCAUCAAGUAUCGGGACGAGCAUCUAGCGCUGGCCGUACUUCACCGUUGGGAGGAGAUGCCACGCGUUGGUUGCAAGAUCGUACCGGAGCACAUCGAAUCGCGCUCGCUGUACAACAGUGACAAGCCGGGCAUCGAGCAGGGCAAGCUGGAGAUGUGGGUCGACAUGUUCCCGAUGGAUAUGCCACUGCCCGGGCCACCGGUGGACAUUUCGCCGCGCAAGCCCAAAUCGUACGAGCUACGUGUUGUGAUCUGGAAUACCGAUGACGUUGUGCUGGAGGAUGAUGCGUUCUUCACCGGUGAAAAGAUGUCCGACAUCUACGUGAAAGGCUGGCUAAAAGGACCGCAGGACAUGCAGGCGACGGACAUCCACUACCGUUCGCUCACCGGCGAAGGCAACUUUAACUGGCGCUUCAUCUACCCGUUCGAGUAUCUGGCCGCCGAGGAGCGGAUCGUACUGUCGCGCAAGGAGUCCCUGUUCAGCUGGGACGAGACGGAGGUGAAGAUACCGGCCCGGCUCGAGCUGCAGGUGUGGGAUGCGGACCAUUUCUCUGCGGACGAUUUUCUCGGUGCGAUCUCGCUGAACCUGAACCGGUUUCCGCGCGGCGCCAAAUCCUCCAAGCUGUGCACGCUGGACAUGCUGCGCACGGACAAUGUGCCGACGGUGAACAUCUUCAAGCAGAAGCGUGUCCGCGGUUGGUGGCCAUUUUUCAUCAAGAAGGAAAACGAUGAGAUGGAGCUGACCGGCAAGGUGGAGGCGGAGAUCCACCUGCUGACGAAGGAGGAGGCGGAGAAGAAUCCGGCCGGCUUUGGACGGAAUGAACCCGAUCCGCUCGAGAAACCGAACCGACCCGAUGCCUCGUUCAUGUGGUUUCUUAACCCGCUCAAAUCGGUACGGUAUAUUGUCUGGCACAACUACAAGUGGAAGAUCAUCAAGGGGCUAAUCAUUAUCGGGAUAGCCAUCCUGCUGCUACUGUUCUUCUACGCCGUCCCAGGCUACACGGUGAAGAAGAUGUUGGGCGCGUAA